AUGCUCAAUCGUCAACAGAUUGCCUUUUUUCUCGUCGCUCUUCUUGCAUGGACAUUUGAUGCUUUUGAUUUCUUCUCUGUUACUCUUACUGUCAUUGAAAUUUCAACUACAUAUAAUAAAUUACCAUCAGACAUUACUUGGGGAAUUACAGUGACAUUAAUGCUUCGUUCUAUAGGUGCCAUUAUUUUUGGAAUCGCCGGUGAUCGAUUCGGACGUAAAUGGCCAUUCAUCGUAAAUAUUGUUUUUUAUGCUAUAGUCGAAAUUUGCACAGGCUUCUGUAGUACAUACGCACAAUUUAUUGGUGUUCGUGCUCUUUUCGGAAUAGCUAUGGGCGGUAUCUAUGGUAAUUGUGCUGCUACAGCGCUUGAAGAUGCUCCGAUCGCUACACGUGGCCUUCUAUCAGGCUUGUUACAACAGGGCUAUGCACUUGGCUAUUUACUUGCCGCUGCCUUGAAUCUGGCAAUUACGAAUAAUCAAAAGUAUGGAUGGCGAGCCCUAUUUUGGUUUGGAGGUUGUCCUCCAUUGCUGAUUGCAAUUUGGCGUAUCUUCUUACCCGAGACACGAACAUUUCUCUCUGUCAAAGAGGCAUGCAAAACGAAUGCAGCUGCAGGUAAAUUUAGCUAG